AUGUUGCGCGGUUCUAUCCGGGCCCUGCAGACCGCAGGUGCCUCAAAACGAUGCUUCUCCCAGGUCUCCCAGACCACCAGGGCCACCCUCAAGCCCGCCGUCGGCCGCCGUCCCAUGGCCGUCUCCCAGCAGAGGCGCAAUGAGAGCGCUCUCCACAGCCCUCCCGACCCCAACGACAACUUCCUCUCGGGCAGCGCCGCCAACUAUAUCGACGAGAUGUACAUGCAGUGGAAGGAGGACCCCAAGAGCGUCCACGUCUCGUGGCAGGUCUACUUCAAGAACAUGGAGAACGGCAACAUGCCCAUCUCCCAGGCCUUCCAGCCUCCUCCCACCCUGGUUCCCGGUGCCGCCAACGUGGUGCCCAACAUCGCUGCUGGCGCCGGCGUCGGCAUUGGCGAGGGUGCCAACGUCACCAACCACUUGAAGGUCCAGCUCCUCGUCCGCGCCUACCAGGCUCGUGGCCACCACAAGGCCAAGAUCGACCCUCUGGGCAUCCGCAACACCGAUGCCUCCAAGGGCUUCGGCAACAUCAAGCCCAAGGAGCUCACCCCCGAAUACUACGGUUUCACCGAGAAGGACCUCGACACCGAGUACAGCCUCGGCCCCGGUAUUCUCCCCCGUUUCGCCCGCGAUGGCCGUGAAAAGAUGACCCUCCGCGAGAUCGUCGACGCCUGCGAGAACAUCUACUGCGGCUCCUACGGUGUUGAGUUCAUCCACAUUCCCGACAGGGAGAAGUGCGACUGGCUCCGUGAGCGUCUCGAGAUCCCCCAGCCCUUCAAGUACUCCAUCGAUGAGAAGCGCCGCAUCCUCGACCGCCUCAUCUGGUCGUCCAGCUUCGAGUCUUUCCUCGCCACCAAGUACCCUAACGACAAGCGUUUCGGUCUUGAGGGUUGCGAGACCCUUGUUCCCGGUAUGAAGGCUCUUAUCGAUCGCUCCGUUGACUACGGCGUCAAGGAUAUCGUCAUUGGUAUGCCCCAUCGUGGCCGUCUCAACGUCCUCUCCAACGUCGUCCGCAAGCCCAACGAGGCCAUCUUCUCCGACGAUGAGGAGGGUUCCGGUGACGUCAAGUACCACUUGGGCAUGAACUUCGAGCGCCCUACCCCCUCCGGCAAGCGCGUCCAGCUCUCUCUCGUUGCCAACCCCUCGCAUCUCGAGGCUGAGGACCCCGUCGUCCUCGGCAAGGUCCGCGCCAUCCAGCACUACAACAACGACGAGAAGGACCACAAGAGCGCCAUGGGUGUGCUCCUCCACGGUGAUGCCGCCGUCGCUGGCCAGGGUAUCGUCUACGAGUGCUUGGGCUUCCACUCUCUCCCCGCCUUCUCUACCGGUGGUACCAUCCACUUGGUUGUCAACAACCAGAUCGGUUUCACCACUGACCCCCGCUUUGCCCGCUCCACUGCCUACUGCACGGAUAUCGCCAAGGCCAUCGACGCCCCCGUCUUCCACGUCAACGCUGACGAUGUCGAGGCUGUCAACUUUGUCUGCCAGCUCGCUGCUGAUUGGCGUGCCGAGUUCAAGCAGGACGUUAUCAUCGAUCUUCCCCUCAUGUACAAGCGCAUCAACGCCAAGAACCCUCAGAUCGACACCUACGUUGACCAGCUUCUCAAGGAGGGUACCUUCACCAAGGAGGACAUCGAGGAGCACAAGCAGUGGGUCUGGGGCAUGCUCGAGGAGAGCUUCUCCAAGUCCAAGGACUACCAGCCCACCUCCAAGGAGUGGACCACCAGCGCCUGGAACGGCUUCAAGAGCCCCAAGGAGCUUGCUACCGAGGUUCUGCCCCACAACCCUACUGCUGUUAACAAGCAGACUCUUGAGCACAUUGGUACCGUCAUUGGCAGCACUCCCGAGGGCUUCCAGCCCCAUCGCAACCUGAAGCGUAUCCUUACCAACCGCACCAAGUCUGUUGUUGAGGGUAAGGGCAUUGACUGGGCUACCGCUGAGGCUCUUGCCUUUGGUUCGCUCGUCAACGAGGGCCACCACGUCCGUAUCUCCGGUCAGGAUGUUGAGCGUGGUACCUUCUCUCAGCGCCACGCCGUCUUCCACGACCAGGAGACUGAGGACACCUACACUCCUCUCCAGCACAUCAGCAAGGACCAGGGCAAGUUCGUCAUCUCGAACUCUUCCCUCUCCGAGUAUGGUAUCCUCGGCUUCGAGUAUGGUUACUCUCUCCAGGACCCCAACGGCUUCAACAUGUGGGAGGCCCAGUUCGGUGAUUUCGCCAACACUGCUCAGGUCAUCAUUGAUCAGUUCCUUGCCUCUGGCGAGAGCAAGUGGAUGCAGCGUACCGGCCUUGUCAUGUCUCUCCCCCACGGUUAUGACGGCCAGGGUCCCGAGCACUCUUCCGCUCGUAUCGAGCGUUUCCUCCAGCUUUGCAACGAGGAUCCUCGCAUCUACCCCUCUCCCGAGAAGCUUGAGCGUCAGCACCAGGACUGCAACAUGCAGGUUGCCUACAUGACCUCUCCUGCUAACCUCUUCCACAUCCUCCGUCGCCAGAUGAAGAGACAGUUCCGCAAGCGUAACCCUCGUCAUCUUCUUCUCCAAGUCCCUCCUCCGCCACCCCGUCGCUCGUUCCGACAUCGGGAGUUUACUGACGACGCUCACUUCCGCUGGAUCCUUGAGGACUCUGCUCACAAGACUGGUGAGAUCAAGGCCCCUGAGGAGAUUGAGCGUGUCAUUCUCUGCACCGGUCAGGUCUAUGCCGCUCUCCUCAAGCACCGCCAGGACAACAAGAUCGACAACGUCGCUUUCACCCGUAUCGAGCAGCUCCAUCCCUUCCCUUGGGAGCAGCUCCGUGAGAACCUCGACCAGUACCCUAACGCCAAGACCAUCGUUUGGGCCCAGGAGGAGCCCCUCAACGCCGGCCCCUGGUCUUACACUCAGCCUCGCCUCGAGACUCUCCUUAACCACACCAAGAACCACGACCGCAAGCACGUCAUGUACGCUGGCCGUGCUCCUUCCGCUUCUGUCGCUACUGGCAAGAAGUCUUCUCACCUCAAGGAGGAGAAGGCGCUUGUCGAGAUGGCUUUCUCUGUUACCCAGAGCAAGCUCAAGGGCGAGUAA